CCUUAUAGGCUCACAUGAUCUUCAACCAAACACCAACUCCUUCCUCUCUAUACCAAUAUGACCACAAGGAUAGCAGAGGAUGGGUUGGGAGAUGGUAGCAGGGAGGAUUACACACAAGAUGGAACUGUAGAUCUCAAGGGUCACCCAAUCCUAAGAUCAAAAGGAGGGAGAUGGAAGGCUUGUUCUUUCAUUGUAGGAUAUGAGGUGUUUGAGAGGAUGGCAUACUAUGGAAUUGCAUCAAAUCUAGUGUUAUAUUUGACAAAGAAGCUUCAUCAAGGGACAGUUUCAUCUUCAAAUAAUGUGACCAAUUGGGUUGGGACAGUGUGGAUGACACCCAUUUUAGGAGCUUACAUCGCCGACACCUAUCUCGGCCGAUACUGGACAUUUGUCAUCUCAUCAGGCAUCUACCUUGUGGGGAUGUGCCUUCUGACCCUAGCAGUGUCACUACCAGCAUUGAGGCAAGUGGGUGUCUUCUAUUGCGCAUUAUACUUAAUUGCAGUCGGAGCUGGUGGAACCAAACCCAACAUCUCAACCAUGGGAGCAGACCAAUUUGAUGAAUUUGAGCCCAGGGAAAAGGUCCAAAAGCUAUCCUUCUUCAACUGGUGGAUGUUCAGUAUCUUCUUUGGGACCCUCAUGGCCAAUAUAUUCCUUGUAUACUUACAAGACAAUGUGGGUUGGUCUAUUGGCUAUGCCAUUCCCACAGUUGGGCUUGCAAUUUCAGUCGUGGUGUUCUUGGUGGGUACUCCCUUCUACAGGCAUAAGGUAAUUUCAGGAAGUCCCUUCACUAGGAUGGCUAGGGUACUAGUGGCUUCCAUGAGGAAAAGAAAGUUACCUGUCCCAGAUGAUCCCAAAGAUCUUCAUGAAUUGAGCUUGGAUGAGUACGCUACAACUUCCAAGGUUAGGAUUGACUACACACCUUCAUUGAGAAACCUUGAUAAAGCUGCAGUAAAAAGUGGUCCUAGCACUCCAUGGAUGCUAUGUACAGUUACUGAAGUUGAAGAAACCAAACAAAUGAUCAGAAUGAUCCCCAUUUUGAUUUCUACAUUUAUUCCAAGCACAAUGCUAGCACAGGUGCAAACACUGUUUAUCAAACAAGGCACCACCUUAGACCGGAGCAUGGGGCCUCACUUUGAUAUCCCUCCGGCAUGUCUUACCGCAUUUGUGACGCUUUCGAUGUUGAUCAGCAUCAUAAUCUAUGACCGGUACUUCGUGCCAUUGGCCCGGCGAUACACAGGGAAUCUAAGAGGGAUUACAUUGUUGCAGAGAAUGGGAGCUGGCCUUAUAAUGCAUGUAAUUGUCAUGGUCACAGCAUCCCUAGUUGAGAGAAAGAGACUAGAUGUUGCAAGGGAUAGUAGCAUUUCAGGUGGAACUCAAACAGUCCCUCUUACUAUCUUCAUACUACUCCCUCAGUUUGCUUUGAUGGGGGUGGCUGAUACCUUUGUUGAAGUAGCCAAGAUUGAAUUCUUCUAUGACCAAGCACCAGAGGGCAUGAAGAGCCUUGGGACUUCCUAUUACACUAGUAGUAUGGGAAUUGGAAACUUCCUUAAUAGUUUUCUUCUUCAAAGUGUGUCUGAUAUCACUAAGAAGAAUGGUAAGAAAGGAUGGAUAUCAGAUAAUUUAAAUGAGUCUCACUUAGACUAUUUCUAUGGAUUUUAUGCUGCAUUGAGCCUUGUCAACUUCCUCUUCUUUCUAAUGGUGACCAAGUUCUAUGUCUACAAUGCUGAUGCCCUCGGCUUGGAGGUUUUUCCAGACAAGGCUAAAACACAAGAUGAUGAAGGUUUAAAAGGAUGUGAUUAGCUUAUCAAAUUUCUUGUAAUCUGUUCUGCUACAUAAAUGGAAUUUAGAAGCCUGCCUUAGAAUUUUUUUA